AUGUCCAGAGCAUUCAUCUCCUCCCUGCGCCCUGGCCUUGCCCCCCGAACAGUCAUCGCCCCCCUCUCCCUCCGCCAUGCCUCCUCCUCCUCUUCUCCCCUCGAACCCUCCACCUCCCACACCCAGCCGUCCCACUCCCAACCGACCGGCAGCUUGCCUCUUUCAUGGCCCAAGUAUCUGACACUGAGGAGGCAGCAGCGCUUGUGGCAUAGCGUUACCACAGUGCCUACGACGUUGGCGGGACUCUUUUUGGGUGGAGGAUACUUUGCUAGUCUGGAAGCGGAUCCUACUCAGUUGAUCUUUGGGAUUGAGCCUAUCACUUCCCGAACUGCGAAACUCGCUCUCAACUUACUGACCUCCCUCCUAGGUCUCGGCUACCUCCUCGGCCCUACCGUAGGCUCCGGCCUGUUCUCCAUCACCCACCCCUCCCUUGCCCGCGGCAACCCUGCCCCGCUAGAAGUGAUGGACCGCGAGUUCUACCACAGAAUCAAGAAGAACAGGGCAGACCCGAGGUUCCAGAGCGUGCAGAACAUUGUACCAGACUUUUAUGGAGAGAAGAUUGUGUCGCUCUCAACGUACAGGCGCUGGCUCCGAGACCAAGCGGCGUACAAGAAGAAGGCCAUGCACGGUCUUCCUGACGAGCAGGAAUAG